ACGCUGUCUCCCAGGGGUGAAGGAAGCCAGAUCUUGGUCUGCGUCGGAACUCACCGCUCACCGCCCGGCAACGCUGCGAAGGGGCACGCGAUCGAGAAAUCCUGUUCUCCGAAGGGGCAUCGGUCUUCUCGCUGCCUUUUCACCCGGGUCGGGAAACCGAAAGCUCACUCGGCUGAGCAGAGUCGGGUAGUCUGGCAAACGAGGGCUGGAGGGAGAGGGACACCAGAGAUGUGACCGGCAAGGCUGAGGAGAGAGAAACUGGAGUCUCGGAUCUCGGCGGAUUAUGUAAUCCCGUCCCGCUUACCGCUCUGGGUCAUGAGCUGCCUCAACCUCAACAACAUCAUCAACGGUCGAGUCCGCCGUCUCGCUCGCCCGCCCGCCUGGACCACUCCAUAGCCAUGGCACUAUUCUGGUCUACCCCGGUAGACAUCGACAUUGUCCUCGAAGAUGCAGACGAGCGAUCGACCGUAGAUGUCAAGCUGGACAAGAACAGGAAGGAGAAGGUCCCCCUCUAUCUGGACGGAGAGUCUGUCAAGGGCCAAGUAACUGUGCGCCCCAAGGACGGGAAGCGGUUAGAGCAUGCAGGCAUCAAGGUUCAAUUCAUUGGUACAAUUGAGAUGUUCUUCGAUCGCGGAAACCACCACGAGUUCCUUUCCCUUGCACAAGAGCUCGCUGCGCCAGGCGAGUUGCAACAUCCGCAGACCUUCGACUUCAACUUCAAGAACGUAGAGAAGCAAUACGAAUCCUACAAUGGUAUCAAUGUGAAGCUGCGCUACUUCGUCCGCGUCACCGUAUCGAGGCGAAUGGCAGACGUCGUCAGAGAAAAGGAUCUAUGGGUAUACUCGUACCGGAUACCGCCGGAAACAAACAGCUCCAUCAAGAUGGACGUCGGCAUCGAAGAUUGUCUUCAUAUUGAAUUCGAGUACUCCAAGUCAAAAUACCACCUCAAGGACGUGAUAGUGGGGAGGAUAUACUUCCUCUUGGUACGGUUAAAGAUCAAGCAUAUGGAACUCUCCAUCAUCCGAAGAGAGACGACGGGUGCAGCCCCCAAUCAGUAUAAUGAGAGCGAGACUUUGGUCAGGUUUGAGAUUAUGGAUGGGUCUCCUUCACGAGGCGAGACAAUCCCUAUCAGACUCUUCUUGGGCGGUUUCGAUUUGACACCUACCUUCCGUGAGGUGAACAAGAAAUUCUCCACGCGCUACUACCUUAGCUUAGUAUUGAUUGACGAAGACGCGCGCCGAUACUUCAAACAAUCCGAAAUUGUCCUCUACCGACAAGCACCAGAAGGUUUGACUCUGGCGCAGGAGCAGAACAAGCUGAUGGCAGCGUCAUGAAUGACCGGGUCGACAGAUAUUCCGCUUUCCUUGCUCAUUGGCUGGAACAGAGGGACAUCGAAACGUCCCUCAAGCCAGAAGAUUGAGUCCACUGCAUAGCAUUUCGCGUCGACUUGUCAAGUACCGUAGGGACGCAUUGGGUUUGGGAACUGUAUGAUAGUGCGUUGGUGCAUACGACGGCUUUGAAAAGGUGCACAUCAGGGCAAUGUGUUGAGAAGACGCUUGGUAGCCGUUCAGCGAAGUUUACAGUCUGCAAUUGUAUAUAUACCCCCCUGCAUCAUAAUACUCUCGUCGCUCUAUGCGAGUGCGUCGAUGAACGUUUCGUCCCUGGCCUGCCGCACUGGUU